CUUAUCGGAAAUGACAGGCAACAAGUGGUCAAAGCUUAUUUGCAACAGCUGAUUGUCAAAUUAUCGUGCAAAUAUUGUUGAUAGCUACGCAAGUGCGAGCGUGCGCCGAAGUAAAUAAUUAAAUAAACUCGACAGUAUAUUUAUUUGCGAAAAUGUCGAAAAUAGUCGUGGCCAAUGAAUCCGAGGUGGUCGAACGUCUCACAAGUGAAAUUUCGAAAUGCGCGCAACGAGCACUUGCCGAAAGCGGCGUCUUUCGUGUUGGACUCUCAGGUGGUUCAGUGUUAAAUUUCCUGUGCAAAGCAAUUCCACGCAUCCAAACCGACUUGAGUAAGUGGAAAUUUUUCUUCUGCGACGAGCGUUAUGUGGACGAAACCGAUCCGGAAUCGACUUACGGUUUUUAUAAAACCAAACUGGUGCCACAAACCGAACUGCAAUUACAACAAUUCGUGCCAAUUAAUGUGGAUUUGCCACUGACGGCAUGCGCCGCUGACUACGAGCAAAAAAUUAGAACAGAAUUCGGAGCUGGCGUUGAUGCAAUUCCUGAGUUUGAUUUGUUGCUGCUUGGCAUGGGGCCGGAUGGCCACACAUGUUCGUUGUUUCCCGAACACGCGUUACUCGAUGAGCAAACACUGCUGAUUGCACCCAUAGCGGAUUCACCCAAACCGCCGCCACAGCGUGUCACGAUGACAUUGCCGCUUAUCAACAAUGCCAAGUGUUGUAUUUUUGCGAUGUGCGGCGCAAGCAAAGCUGAUAUGGUCAAACGUGUCUUCGUUGAUAAGGAGAAUCUACCAGCUGGAAAAAUUUUGCCCAAAAAUGGUGACCUAGUGCUCAUAUUCGAUGCUGAAGCUGGCAAAUAUGUACAACAAUAACAGAUGUGGAGAUAACUGUAAUAUAGCUACAUAUAUUUGUAUAUAUGUAUAUAUGUAUCUCCAUAGAAACAAAAAAAUAUUGUGUUGUUGUAAUAUUAAACAAUUUAAUAAAUAACACAUUGGACAUUUAAAUUUUGAUUUAAAA